ACAAGUUCUAAAAGUCACGGAUUUCAAUUCUUCGUCUGUUUUUAUUCAUACAGUAUGCUUCGAUCCAAGUCAUUCGUUAAGCGUACUCGUAAGGGAAACGUUGUGAAGGUUGUUAAAGAGCACUAUUUGAGAGACGAUAUACCUUGUUCCUCAGAAGCAUGCAAUGUCUGCAAUAAAGUGUCUGCACCUAUCUUGUCAAGUGAACCUAGAUCGACUUCCAAGUUUAAACCUCAUUACAUUAUUCCCGAUACCAAUGUCUUUAUUAGUCAACUUGAUAUUAUGGAACAUCCCGCUAUUAAAGACGUGAUUGUCUUGCAAACUGUCAAGGAAGAAGUGCGUCACUUGAGCUUACCUGUCUACAACAGACUCAAUGCUAUCUUGGCUGAUAAAACCAAGCGAUUUUACAUGUUUGCUAAUGAACAUCAACGUGAUACUUUUAUCGAAAAAUUAAAAGACGAAUCGCCCAACGAUAGAAAUGACAGAGCUAUUCGAGUUUCUUCAAAAUGGUAUGCUGAUCACUUGAAAGCUAAUGGAUCUGGUGAAAAUAUCGAUGUUAUCAUGCUCACAGACGACAAUGGAAACAGAGAAAGAGCUAAAGCCAGUGGCAUCAAAUGCAGCUCAGUGCGAGAGUAUAUUGAGAGUAUCAAAGAUACACCUGAAUUAUUAGAUAUGCUUUCAGCUCCUAAAGCAGCUGUGGGUGAAUCGAUUGUGUAUGAAGAACAUUUAAGCCCUGCUCAGAUUCAGAAUGGCAUCAAGAAGGGUACACUUAUUCAAGCAUCAUUUAAUGUUAGUCAGCAUAACGUGCAUGAGGCCACUGUUGUGGGUGAAGUAGAGGGAGAGACAAAGACGAUUUAUAUUCUUGGCCGCAAGAACUUUAAUCGUUGUAUUCAAGGAGACAUUGUUGCUGUACAGUUGCUACCUAAAAGCGAAUGGAAGAAGGGUGCUUCAGUUGCUAUUGAAGAAGAUGAUGAGGAUGAAGAAAAGUUAUUCGGUGAAGAUGAUCCUUCCAACCAUGCUGAUAGAAUGACAGAAGAUGAUACUGAAGCAGAACCUACUGGUAAAGUAGUAGGCAUCAUCAGAAAGAAAUGGAGACCCUACUGUGGUUUUAUUGUCAAGAAGACGGUGCCCAAUGAUAACCGCCCUGCUAGUGUUCUUUUCAGAGCGAUUGAUAGACGUAUUCCUGCCAUUCGCAUCAAGACUGCUCAAGCUCAAAACUUGGUCGGUAAGCGUAUUGUUGUUGCCAUUGAUAGUUGGCCUACGACUUCUGCCCUUCCCUUGGGUCACUUUGUCAAGACUUUAGGUUCUUCAGGUGAUAGAGAGACAGAGACAGAAGUUUUGUUGUUGGAACAUGAUGUUCCUUAUCAAGAGUUUUCUAAGCGUAUUCUUCAAGAUCUUCCCCCUGAAGGAGAUGAAUGGGUUGUCCUUGAGAAGCACAUCAAGGAAGAGAACAGACGUGAUUUCAGAGAUUUGGAUAUUUGCAGCAUUGAUCCUCCAGGAUGUACUGAUAUUGAUGAUGCUCUUCAUGCUCGUCGACUCCCCAACGGCAAUUAUGAAGUGGGUGUUCACAUUGCUGAUGUAACUUAUUUUGUUAAACCUGGUAUGCCAAUGGACAUUGAAGCUGCAAGCCGUGGUACUUCAGUCUAUUUAGUCGAUAAGCGUAUUGAUAUGUUGCCUUCUUUAUUGGGCACAAAUCUUUGUUCUUUGAGAUCCAAUGUGGAUCGUUUGGCCUUUUCUUGUAUUUGGGAAAUGAACGAGAAUGCAGAGAUCAUCAAGACUGAUUUCACAAAAAGUGUGAUUCGUUCAAAGCAUUCUUUCACUUAUGAUGAAGCCCAAACUCGUAUUGAUGAUGACCGUAUGCAAGACAGUGUUACCAAGGGUAUUCGCGCCUUGAACAAAUUUGCCAAGAUCUUGCGUCAAAGACGUAUGGAUAAUGGUGCUCUCACUCUAUCCUCGCCUGAAGUUCGCUUUAACCUUGAGAAUGAUUCACAAGAUCCAGUCGAUGUUGAAAUGAAGGAACUGAAGGAAACAAAUGCUCUUGUUGAAGAGUUCAUGUUGUUGGCCAAUAUUUCUGUAGCCAAAAAGAUUUACUCCAAGUUCCCUAGUUCUGCUAUGCUUCGUAAGCAUGCUGCUCCUCCCACCAACAACUUUGAUGCACUUCGCAAGGUCCUUGCUGAAAAGGGCAUCAUCUUGAAUACAGAGAGUUCCAAGGCCUUGGCUGAUUCAUUGGAUAAUGCAGUGAUACCCGAAGAUCCUUAUUUCAACAAGCUAGUGCGUAUCAUGACAACCCGUUGUAUGAUGCAAGCUCAAUACUUUAGUUCAGGUACUGAACCUGAAUCAGAAUUCAAGCAUUAUGGUUUAGCAAGUCCUAUUUAUACACAUUUUACUUCUCCCAUUCGUCGUUAUGCAGAUGUCAUUGUUCAUCGCUUAUUGCAUGCAUGUAUCGAACCAGACCUUACUUAUGGUCAAGAAUUAACAGAUACAACUAAGAUGAAGGAACUUUGUGAUAACCUCAAUUUCCGUAACAGAAUGGCUCAACAAGCAGGCCGUAGUUCAGUUGAAUUAUUCACAAGUCUUUACUUUAGAAACAAAGUCGAAGUAGACGAAGGCCGUAUCCUUCGUGUUCUCAAGAACGGUAUCAUUGUGCUUGUGCCUAAAUAUGGCAUUGAAAGUAUUGUUUACACAAGCAAAGAAGCUGGUGGUCCUUCUCCAUUUGUCUAUGAUGAUGAAGCAAGCAGCCUUGUUGCUGGUGAUGUGACACUCAAGACAUUUGAUACAAUCAAGGUAGAAAUUUCAGUAGAAGGCGAUGUAGAGGGCAUGCGCCAAAAGAUGAAUAUGAAGUUGGUUUUCCCUUAUGUAGAAGGUAUUAGUGUUGUACCUAGUAAUAAGAGGGCCAAGGAAGAAGAAGAUAACGAUAGUCAGACUUUAAAGAAAUCUAAAAAAUAACCAUAAAGUUGUAAAUUUGUCUUUUUGAAAUAAAUAGAAAAU